UCAUAGACCGGAAGUUGGAUGUCAGAUGACAGAACGUUCAUUCAAUGAUUCAAAAUGGCCGAAUAUCUCGCUUCGAUUUUCGGUACAGAAAAGGAUAAGGUUAAUUGUCCCUUUUACUUCAAGAUUGGUGCUUGCCGCCAUGGAGAUCGCUGUUCCAGACUUCACAACAGACCCACAUUCAGUCAGACAAUUUUACUUCAGAAUCUGUACAUGAACCCUCAGAACGCAGCUCUCACUGCUGAUGGCUCACACAUUAUGCUGGAUGAUGUACAAGCCCAGCAAGAAUACGAUGAAUUCUUUGAAGAGAUUUUUGUCGAACUUGAGGAGAAAUACGGAGAAAUCGAAGAAAUGAACGUCUGCAACAAUUUGGGAGACCACUUGGUUGGAAAUGUUUACGUACGGUGGGCCCCGCACCCAGUGAGGAGAGCAGUGGGUGUGGAGCGUCGACCUCGUGGUUUGUAUCUGCCGUCAGUAACAGAGACCCCCGACUUUUUCCUCCACAGAGAAUGUACGCGGGGAGGGUUCUGCCACUUCAUGCACCUGAAACCCAUCUCCCGUGAGCUGAGGAGGAAGUUGUAUGGACGCAGUGGUAAUCGUAAGGGCAAAAGGUAAGGUUUGCGCGCUGUUUUGUGGUUGUGUUUCCUGA